AUGACAUCCUAUCUUCAGAAAGAAAGGAUCCCAGACCGGUGGAAGACCUCGCGAACCGUUCUUAUCCAUAAGAAAGGUGACCGAGAGGACCUUCGGAACUACCGUCCGAUAUGCUUGCUGAGCGUGUUAUACAAAACAUUCACCAAGAUCAUCCUCACACGCAUAUCUAGGACGCUGGAUGAAGCCCAGCCUCAAGAACAAGCUGGAUUCCGCCAGGGAUUCAGCUGCUUGGACCACAUCCAGACUGUACCGAGGGUCAUAGAAGUUUGCCGGGAAUACCGCCUGCCCCUUGUUCUAACCUUCGUCGACUAUGAGAAAGCCUUUGACAGCGUAGAAACGAAUACAAUACUGUCAGCGCUGGUCGAUCAAGCUUUUCCACCGCCCUCUCACCAUACCCAUUGGAAAGGGGGUGCGACAAGGCGAUACUAUAUCGCCGAAGCUGUUCACGGUUGCAUUGCAAUGGAUAAUGAAAUCACUAUCCUGGGAAAAAGGGGCGUACGUGUUGAUGGAAGAUUUCUUUCGAACCUUCGUUUCGCGGACGACAUCGUUCUCUUUUCGAGCAGUACCAAUGAAGCAGAAACGAUGCUCAACGAAUUGAACGAAGCAGGGAAGAGAAUAGGACUACGAAUAAACAGAAAGAAGACACAGUUCAUGAAGAACGCCGACGUGUUCGCUGCACGGAUGGACCAGCUGAGAGCUCAGCUGGAUACGGCCCAAGGACCUCGUCAAUGUCACUCACGAAGCUUGAGAACAUCUUGGAUGAAAAUGGCGAGGGAACGAAACGAGUGGAAGAGAUGCUGGGGCCUCACAUCCAGUGAAGAGUCCAGUCUAAGUAUCUAA